CCGCUGUGUGCCGCCGUUUCGGCUGUUUGUGUUGCUCCUCCCCGGCUUUUUAUUAUUAUUAUUAUUACUAAUAUUAAUAUUAUUAUUAUCUGUCUGUGGAGCCGCGAUGGAGAAGAAGAUGUGCACCCGGUACCGGAGCUGGUUGUGGGUCUGGUCCUGCCUGCUGAGCCUGUGCGCUCCGACCGGGGCUCUGGAGCUCGGGGACCUGUUCGAGUUCGGAGAAGAAGCCGGAGACCGGCAGCUGCAGCCCGGCUCGGACUCCACCGCCGAGCUGCCUCUCAACGGUUCUCUGUUCUUCUUCGGGGACACCGUCGACCGAGUUCACAUUAACACGAAUGGAUUUGUGUCGGUCGUCGAGCCCCCGGCGGAGGGGGAGUACCUGGGGAAGAUGCCCGCCAGUUUCAAAAUGAUCGCGGCCCUGCUGGGAGACCUGGAGGAUGGUGACGGACAGGGCAAGGUCCACUUCAGGUUGGACGGCAGCCCGGAGGCGCUGAGUCGAGCCGCGGAGCAUGUGACGCGAGCUUUCCCCAGAGACGAUGGAGUGGAGCCCACCAGCGUCCUCGUCGUCACCUGGGAGAACGUGGUCGCCCGGGGGACGUCUGGACGAGGAGACGGACUGGACACCAAGAGAAACACUUUCCAGCUGGUCGUGGCCUCCAUGGUGUCGUCCUCCUGCGCCAUCCUCUUGUAUCCCCGAAACGGCCUGCAGUUCUUCUCCACGCCUGUAGGGGGCGAGAGCAAGCUCCUCGAGGCUGGCUUCAAUGAAGGCUUUGUGGAGGGUUGGUUCUGGAAGGAGACGCAGGGGCAGUACUACCGCACCACCACCGACGAAGAGACCUCCAUCAGGGAACUCACCGAAAAGACGAACUCGGGACAGAAUGGAGUUUGGGUGUACGAGAUCGGCUCCUCGCCAUUCUUUGCCGCCAUUACACCGGGAAUGGUCACCAGCCAACCCGAGGAGGAACGGGAUGCCACCACACCUCCUUGGGAAGAAAAAGGAGACUUCCUAACCGAGACGACUCCUACUGAGACUCCUACUGAGUCUCCUACUGAGAGUCCUACUGAGACACCUACUGAGAGUCCUACUGAGACACCUACUGAGACUCCUACCGAGACUCCUACCGAGUACCAUCCCAGUUACCCAGAAACUGAGACUAUCACUCCAGGGUACACCGAACCGGCAACUGACUAUUAUGAAGGACCUGGCGAGUUUGAGCCGGAAUACCCAGAAUCUGACACCGUCACACCAACAUACAGCGACCCUGAGAGGGCUCAACCGAGAUACCCGGACCCUUCUGAGCCGAGAUACCCUGACCGAACCGAGACCGGAAACCCCGUCUCGGAGCCUUUGCAACCGCGAUACACGGUCCCCGAACCCAAUGAGCCGAGAUACACUCCAGUCGAGCCAAGGUACCCUGAUCGAGUCCAACCGGUGCCGCCCCAGCAACCCCAGCAGCCCCAGAUCGUCGUGAUAGACGAAGCUGAAGAUCUCGAUGUGACCGUUUUUACGUACAAUUCUGAGACGUGCGCCCAGAACCGGAACAAAUGCUCGGCCUUCGCCGACUGUCGGGACUACAGCAAUGGGUACUGCUGCCAUUGCAGGCCUGGCUUCUAUGGAAACGGGAAGAACUGUGUCGCUGAGGGGAAACCACAGAGAAUGAAUGGAAAGGUGAACGGUCGAGUGUUCGUGGGGAACUCGCCGUCCCCCGUGGAGCUCGGUAACAACGACUUGCACUCGUACGUGGUGGCCAACGACGGACGGGCCUCCGUGGCCAUCAGCAACAUCCCCGAAGACCUCGGCCCUUCCCUGCUGCCGCUGGCCUCCCUGGGCGAAGUCAUCGGUUGGGCCUUCGCCCUGGAGCAGCCCGGCUACCGGAACGGCUUCAGCCUCAUCGGCGGCGUGUUCUCCCGGCAGGCCGAGGUGACCUUCCAGCCCGGUAACGAGCGCCUGAGCAUCAAGCAGCAGUUUCAAGGAAUCGACGAGCACGACCACCUGGUGGUGGACACCGAGCUGGAGGGACGUGUGCCCGCCGUCCCGCCGGGAUCCUCCGUGGAGAUCAACCCGUACAAGGAGAUCUACCAGUACGACAGAAACCUGAUCACUUCCUCCUCCAACCGCGACUACACCGUCUCCUCCCCCGAUGGCGACGUCCAGACCAGGAGCUACCAACUGCGGCAGACCGUCACCUUCCAGAGCUGCCCGCACGACGAGGCCUCCGGGCCGGCGACGUCCACCCAGCAGCUCAGCGUGGACCACAUCUUCGUGAUGUUCGAGGCCGACAACCAUCUGAUCCGCUACGCCAUGAGCAACAAGAUCGGCUCGAUCCACAGCAGUCUCCCGGAGCCGAACCCGUGUUUCACCGGCAGACACGGCUGCGACAUCAACGCGGCGUGCCGACCCGCCGAUGGCCUCCGGUUCACCUGCGAAUGCGCGACGGGUUUCACGGGAGACGGACGCUAUUGCCACGACACCGACGAGUGCCGGCAGACUCCUCAGAUCUGUGGACCCGACGCCGUCUGCAGCAAUCAGCCCGGAGCCUUCCGCUGCGAGUGUUCCACCGGCUUCUCGUUCGCCAGCGACGGAAAGACCUGCGUCGCGGAGAACCGGCCGGCGGACCACUGCCAGAGAGGAAGCCACGACUGCGACGCCCCCGAAAGAGCUCUCUGCAGCUACAGCGGCGGCUCGGCCUUCGUCUGCUCCUGCCUGCCGGGCUUCGUGGGGGACGGUCGGGUGUGUCGCGACGUGGACGAGUGUCGGCAGGAUCGAUGCCACGCCGCCGCCUUCUGCUCCAACGCGCAGGGCUCCUACAGCUGCCAGUGCCAUCCCGGUUUCCAUGGCGACGGCUUCCAGUGCAGCCCCGCGUCCUCAGAGCGCGAGAAGACCCCGUGUGAGCGUCACAGGGAGAGCGCCCAGUCGGCCGCCACCGGCGCCGGUAUCUCGUCCUUCUUCCGCCCCCGGCCGGCCGCCGGUCUGUACGCCCCUCAGUGUGACCAGCGCGGCGCCUACGAGUCCACGCAGUGCCACGCCAGCAUCGAACAGUGCUGGUGCGUGGACGCCAACGGCCGGGAGAUCCCCAACACCCGCACGGGACCCGGCAGCACCCCUCUGUGCAUCGACCAGGCAGUGACCCCGGCUCCGGUGGGCCCGACCCCGCGGCCCGACGUCCACCCUGUCGCUCCGGGAACUCACCUGCUGUUCGCUCAGAGUGGGAAGAUCGAACAGGUGCCUCUGGAUGGGUACAACAUCCGAAAGGAGGAGGCCAAGCCUCUGCUGCACCUCCCGGACCGCGUGGUGAUCGCCGUGGCGUACGACUGCGUGGAGAAGAUGGUUUACUGGACCGACAUCACCGGGCCGGCUAUCAGCAGGGCCCGCCUGAGCGGAGGAGACAUCAUCCCGGUCGUCACCACAGAGCUCCAGAGUCCCGAGGGCAUCGCCAUCGACCACGUGGCCCGCCUCCUCUUCUGGACCGACUCCAUGCGCGACACCGUGGAGGUCUCGCAGCUGGACGGCAGCCAGCGCCGCGUCCUGUUCGACACCGAUCUCAUCAACCCUCGGCCCAUCGUCACCAACCCGGCGUACGGGCAGCUGUUCUGGGCAGACUGGAACAGAGACGGGCCCAAAAUCGAGAUGUCCAACAUGGACGGGACCGAUCGGACCGUCCUGGUGAAGGACGACCUGGGGCUCCCCAACGGUCUGACCUUUGACCUCGAGGAGCAGCAGCUGUGCUGGGCCGACGCAGGAACUCGUAAAGUGGAGUGUAUGGAUCCUCACCGCCGGCUGAGGAGGCCGAUCGUUGAAGGCAUCCAGUACCCCUUCGCCCUGGUCUCCUUUGGAAGGAACCUCUACUACACCGACUGGAGGAGGGAGGCGGUGGUCGCCGUGGACCGUCACUCGGAGAAAGAGACGGAAGAGUUUCUGCCUCAGAAACGCUCUCGGCUGUACGGCAUCACCACGACGCCGACGCAGUGUCCACAAGCCUACAACUACUGCGCCAACAAUGGCGGCUGUUCCCACCUGUGCCUGCCGCGGCUCGGCGGCUUCACCUGCCGCUGCCCGGACGCCGUCGACGACCACGACGACGCCGCCGCCGCCGCCGGCCGAUGUGCCGAGAGGAGCCUGUGAGGUCAUCGUGACGCAAAGCAAACCUCACACACACACACUCGGUGUUUUCUCCAUUUCUCUUUACUUGAAUUGAACUUUUCUACGAUCAUCUUCAGAGUCGUUUUCUGGCCCUCGAGAGCGGUUAGAGGUCCUUUAACUCGGGUUUUGGUUCACGAGUGUUUGUAAUCGGACUCCUGGUUUAAGUUUUCUCUCUCUCUCGAAAUGAGAAGGAAAAAAAAAGCGACACGAUAUCUAAAAUACAGGGAUUUUUUUUAUUAUCAAACAGCCAGCAGGUAAACUGAAAAAAAAGAAACGUUGAUAAUUAUUCGAAAACGGUUUUGAACGACGAGCUUCGCGUCGUGUUUUCUUUUGUUUUUUGUGUAUUUUGUGUAUUUUAAAAGUGAAACUUUAUUGAUUUUCUUUUUUAUGUAAAUGUGGUCUGAAAGAUAACUGCGGAAAACAAUCGGAAAACAUUCUCAAAUGUUUUGCAAUGAUACAAAUAUUUGAGGGAAAGUUUUUGGGGCCUUUUUUAAAAAAUUUUUUAAAUGUUUGACAUUUAAAAGGCGUCUUUUUUUUUAACCUCCACACUCGUCUUAAAAAAAAAAAAAAAAACUCAGAAGUUGUUCCUGGACAGCCAGCGAGAGUCAAAAAAAGAAAGAAAAGCAGACGGUAUCCCAAACUUUAAAUCACAAGCCGUUAUUGUUCCUGGAACGCCUCCGAUCACCUAAUCAAUAUCCUGUAUUAGAGGAAAAGACAUUUAACCUCAUUUGCCCAGGAAAUGGUAUGAAAUAUCACAUUUUUGGGGUUAAUCCAAAUAUAUUUUGAACCUCAUUUAGUAAAAAAGAAAAAUGGAAUGAAAGUUGUGGGAAGAAACAAAAAAAAAUAAGACUUUUAAGUUUAAAUAUUCGAUGACGCUUAAUUUUCCAUAUUUGGUCACAAAUGUCGACGACUUCCUGCUAA